AACGAAUGUCUUUUCAGCAAUGGAGGAUGCAGUGGUAGAUGCUGUAACACCAUCGGUAGCUUCUACUGUAAAUGUGAUGUUGGAUUUGAACUCGCCAUGGAUGGAUUCAGUUGUAGAGAUAUCGACGAGUGUGAACAGAACAACGGAGGCUGCCAGCACACCUGCCGAAACACCCAUGGAAGCUUCACGUGUGAAUGCCCCUUCGGAGAGCGUCUCAACCCCGACGGUGUCACCUGCACUCCUCAAGAUGGAUGCGCAAUCAACAACGGCGGUUGCCAGCACCAAUGUCUCUCGCAUCCUUACGGUCACUUCUCCUGCCAGUGUCACGCCGGUUAUAGACUAGCCGGAGACGGGAGGGCGUGUCAACCUUCGAACCCUUGUGCCAUCAACAACGGAGGCUGCGAACACACCUGUCUCAACAUGGGUGAUAGAGCCUUCUGCAACUGCAACACAGGUUACAGGUUAGCGCAAGAUGGAAAUAACUGUGAAGAUAUUGAUGAGUGUGCUACCAGGAACCAUGUAUGUCAGCAGGAGUGCACCAACACUGUCGGAUCAUACAGAUGUAGCUGCGUCACCAACUAUAUGCUGGAAACAAACGGCAGGACAUGUAAACUGCAAGCGAUCAUCGACAUCGAGCCCAUCGACCCGUGUGAGAACCACCAAUGCCAGUUCAACUGCACCAUGAAAUGGAACAGGCCUGUCUGCACCUGCCCUAUAGGUUUCGAGCUCUCACCCGAUCAAAGAAAUUGCCAAGAUAAAAACGAGUGUAACAUCGGCCAGAGUUGCUGCGCGGCCACUCACCAGUGUAUCAACACCGAGGGCAGCUAUACCUGUCUCUGUCGUCCCGGAUUCUUCCUAAGUGAUGAUGGAUGCAGUUGUAUCGAUGUUGACGAGUGUGCACAGCGUAGCAGUAACCAAUGUGAUCAGACAUGCACCAAUACGCAAGGGUCUUACCUGUGCGGAUGCAACAAUUCUUUCCAACUGGGCGACGACGGUUUCUCAUGUCUUAGAAUGUUGCAGACACGCCCUACUCCGUCAUCUCCCAGCUUCCAGUUCCCGCCUUUCCAAAACAGUGAGCUGAGUACGGGCCAGCUUGAGCAGGGACCGCAAACAAGCUUCUGUCGGGAGGCUAACUUCGGACCUCAAUGCCAGUACUCGUGUACUGACUGUAUGAAUGGGGCCAGCUGCAACCAAGAUUUAACUGGGUGUGAAUGUCUACCCGGCUGGCAGGGGACCAUCUGCAACGAGACUUGUCCAUCCAACUUCUUUGGUGAGAAUUGCCAGCAGCCAUGUCUGUGUCAGAAUGGAGGAACAUGUAACCCUAUCACUGGUGACUGCACCUGUCUGCCGGGUAUUGAAGGUCCACGUUGCACUGAAGGUUGCCCUCCCGGAUUCUGGGGCAAGGACUGCGUCAAGGAAUGCAACUGCCCGUCCGGUAUCACGUGUAACGAGAGAUGGGGAACCUGCCUGUGUAGGGCUGGCUACUUUGGACCUCACUGCAGCCAACCGUGCCCCGCCUUCUACUACGGCAGCAUGUGUAAUGAGCAGUGUGACUGUCAUCCGGUCCAUUCCUUGGGAUGCGAUCCCGUAGAAGGUGCCUGUAGAUGCAAGCCUGGAUACGAAGGAGACAGGUGUCAAAACGAAUGUCGUCUUGGGAUGUAUGGUGAGCAGUGCAGGCAUGUCUGCCAGUGCCUAGACGCCUCCAUGUGUAACAAGGUGAACGGAGAAUGCAGCAGGGAAUGCUCGGCAGGGUACACAGGAGAAGCCUGCGAAAGAUCUUGUGACUUUGGAAGCUACGGAGUGAACUGCAAGUUCACCUGCCGAUGUGGAGGAAACGAUUGUAACAGCAUCACUGGAGAAUGCUUCUGUGAGGCUGGCAAGACCGGGACUAGCUGUCUGGACGAUUGCCCCGAUGGUACCUGGGGUAUCUCCUGCAGGAGCAACUGUACCUGUACCGAGGAUAAGGUCUGCGACAAGACUACUGGAGAGUGUCUGUGCCCACUUGGAUACUUUGGAGAAAACUGCAGGGAUCCUUGCCCCAGCGGUCGCUAUGGUCUGAUGUGUCGUCACGAUUGCCAGUGUCAGAACGGAGCCGAAUGUAACUCAGAGUCAGGAGACUGUACCUGCACACCGGGAUGGAAGGGACAGUUCUGUACAGAUGAAUGCCCUGUUGGUUUCUAUGGUGUCGGCUGUGCAACGAGAUGCACAUGUGAGAACAGUGCAGGAUGCGAUCCGGAGACGGGAGAGUGCAUCUGUACUCCUGGAUGGAGAGGAGAACAGUGUGACCAAGCUUGUGAGCCAGGCUUCUAUGGUGUAAACUGUGAGAACCUGUGUAUGUGUCUCAACAAUGCAACCUGUGAUCAUAUCAGCGGAACAUGCACAUGCGCACCAGGAUGGAGAGACAGAUUCUGUGCUAAACCCUGCCCUGAUGGUUACUACGGUUUAGACUGUCGUCAUCGCUGUAGCUGCGGUAACGGAGCCCAUUGUAACGCUACCAACGGACACUGUAACUGCCCUGCUGGAUACACAGGACAAGGAUGUAGAGACGAAUGUCCUGAAGGUCAUUUUGGUGAAGACUGCCGAGGUACAUGUAACUGUGCUAACGAUGCUGAAUGCGAUCACGUCAGUGGAAGGUGUAUCUGCCCCAGCGGUUGGAUCGGAGUCAGGUGCCAUCAACAAUGCCAGCCCGGUCGCUAUGGUAUCAACUGCCAGCAGCGUUGCAUCUGCCAGAACGGACUCUGUGAUCAUGUGACUGGGAUGUGCGCCUGUGCGGCCGGAUGGGUGGGACGUGCCUGCCAGCAACCUUGUGCACCAGGACACUUUGGCAUCGGCUGUCUGCAGUCAUGUUCUUGUCAGAAUGGAGGAAACUGUGAUAAAGUCAAUGGAACAUGUUCAUGCGCACCAGGAUGGCACGGAGAUGUCUGUGAACUGGCUUGCUUUUCUGGUUACCAUGGUGUCAACUGUGAAGAGAGAUGUCAGUGCCAAAAUGGAGGUCAAUGUGAUGCACAGACUGGUGCAUGUACAUGCACUAAUGGCUGGAGAGGAAGGCUAUGUGAAAAACCUUGCAUCCCUGGUACCUAUGGCAGCCAGUGCUCAGAGACCUGUGGCUGUGGAGCUGAGAACCCCUGUGAUCACAUCACCGGAGCUUGCAGGUGUCCUCCGGGCUUCGCUGGAUAUGAAUGCAACUCACCUUGUCCACCCGGAACGUGGGGCCAGGAUUGUGCCGAGGCCUGUACCUGCGGACGCAACACAAUCUGUAAUUCAGUGACCGGGGACUGCCAGUGUAAACCAGGCUUCAGAGGACACAACUGUGAAAAGGAUUGCAAGCAUGGUCGUUACGGACCAGACUGCCAGCACCAUUGCAGCUGUCUGAAUGGAGGAUCUUGCCAUAUGGAUGAUGGAACGUGUCUGUGCCAGUCAGGUUUCAUCGGUGCACUCUGUGAAAGAGCUUGCCCCGACGGACUGUAUGGCCAGGACUGUCAGCAUAAAUGCCUCUGCCAGAACGGAGGUGACUGCCACCACGCUUCAGGGGUGUGCGAAUGCUCCCCCGGAUACACCGGCACCUUCUGUGCUACAAAAUGUGCAUUGGGUACGUACGGCCCAGACUGUUCGCAGGUCAAGGACUGCCAGUUUGGUGGAGUGCUAGAUGUGAUCACAGGAGAGUGCCAAUGUGGGCUUGGAUAUACAGGGGAGAUUUGUGAUGAAGAGUGUCCAUGGGGAACGUACGGUAUGAACUGCGAACAGGAAUGUACUUGUGAAAACGGGGCCGAGUGUGAUAGGAUGUCCGGAUGCUGCUCGUGUACUCCCGGUUUCUACGGACAAAACUGUCAAUUUUCAUGCCCAGCGGGUACCUACGGUUCUUAUUGCGGCCGUAUCUGUGAUUGUCAUAAAGACGCUACAUGCGACACAGUGACCGGUCAAUGUAGGUGUCCAGCAGGCAGAACUGGACCGGAAUGCAAGCAGACCUGCCAACCUGGGUUCCACGGUCCAAACUGCAUUCAUGUCUGUGCCUGCUCUAACAGGACACAGUGCAACGCAGUCGCAGGUACCUGUGAUUGCCCCCCUGGAAAUACAGGGGAUACCUGCACUGAAGAGUGCGCACCAGGAAAGUUUGGUCCAAACUGUGCUUUCAACUGUGACUGUUCAAACGGUGCUACCUGUGACCCGAGGACGGGAUCUUGUAGAUGUAUAAAUAACUUUAUUGGUGCUCAAUGUGAACAUGGUGGUUUGUAUGCUUUUCCCACACCGUCAACGCCGCUCAGAGGUGACAUAGGACCCAACGGAUUCUAACAAAAAACACUUCUGAAAUACAGACUCUGGAAAUAAAAAACUAAAAAUCCAAUCAUGCAAGCAGCAACAGCAGCAUUGACACACCUAACAAGCUUUUGUCGUUUGUCUGGACGAUUCCAGCUCUUAACGAACGGGAGGCGAGGAUAGCUAGAGCAGGAGACGUCUUCAAUCAGAGUCGGAUGAAUGAAUAUUCAUGAUCCAGGAGGUCAACUCAGGUCACCAUUUACACAUUUGGUCACAAGAAGGCAGCAUUUGACUCUUCUCAUCAGACCAUACUUUAAGGAGAAUCGAUUUUGGAGCUUUCAACAGUAGCAACCACAGCUAGAUCAUGCAUCUCAUCUAAAAAAAUGGAGAAAGUUUUUUUUUUCCAGAGUGUUUUUUUAGAACGUUGAUACUUUUAGUUAAGUUAUUCGAAGGAAAUGUUUGAGCCAUUUCGACAGUAUCAGAGAUGUGUAUAUGUACAGCUUAGAUCCUUUCACACUUUCACAUGGUGAGAUGUAUACUUACAAAAAAACAAUGAUGGCAUAUUUAUUUCUUAUUUCUUAAGGUUUGUGACUUUAAGAUGUUCCAAGGUGCUUGCUCAAUUCGAAAAUUAAAAAAUGGAUAUCGACUUUGCAACAAAGUCUA